AUGAUUGAGUCGAAACCUUGUGCUUGUGAUGAAAGUGAAACACAUGGAAAGGGAGAUGACUUGGUUUCAUGGUUUCAAGGAUUAGAAGCAAAAGAAGAGAGAAGGCUUGAAAAUGAAGAUUUUGCAGAUGAAGAGAGAAAGGGGUACGCAGAUUUUCACGGUUGUUUUAUUUGUGAUAGGAUAAGGAGGAUUAGGUCGUUCAGCAGUAGAAAGAUGAAUUCGAAGGCAGAGAUUUCAGGGGUGGCUCGUGAUUGCUCGGUUCAAAACAGGUUCUUUUUAGCAUCACGAAUGCUAAGUGGCCACAGUGGCAAAGGUUUUUUUAGAUUUGCUGUUCCUGGAAACUUGGGAUAUAUCCCAAUUCUUUAA